AUGGGGAGCACUCAUGGUGUUCUUGAGUUUUUCCUUUCGUCGUUUUCUUUGUCUCGUUUUCUUGGAUUUCGGGGUUUCAUUGGCAGAUUGGGAAGGGAAUGGGUACAUGUAUCACGGCGUUUUCUCGUUUUUUUAAAGGAAGGUGACAACUGCAUACCUCUUUUCUUAUUUUCUUCUUUGUAUAAGUACAAAGGAAAUAUAAGUUUCUACUCUUCUCUGCUAUUUUUUUUUAAAAAAACACUAAACGUCUUCUGUGUUAUUGCGGAUGUUUGA